AUGGCUUCCAUCCCCAAGUUUUCUUAUCACAGGUUGAAGAACGAAGAGUGUAGUUUUAAUGAAGCCGAAGAAGAAAAAGCAAUACAAUUCAAGCAGACCUCAAGGAAAUGGCAGAGACCGAGGUUCAAGAGGUUCGCCAUUAGAAGCCGACCAAAGCUUCGAAUCCCCGGGUUAACAAGGUUCUUGAGAAAAAGACGCAGGGUGUUGUCGAGGCUUAAGCUUUCAUGGAGGAAAGCUUUGAACAGGUUGAAGCAUGGGCAAGCUCAUAUGAACGAUUUGUUUGGUGGGAAUUUCUUGGUUCUACAAGUUAACCAUACUCCGUUUACAACGGGGAAGAAGAAGCCAUUGAAGGGAUCAUAA